AUGUAUAGAAUUGCAUCUAUACUUCCUUUACCUUUCUUUUUAUUGUUCCCACUUACUAUUUUAUACAUGUAGAUUUUCUAAAAUUCUUAAUCAAAAAAUUAUCAUGAUAUAAUAUUCUAUGUAUUAUUGGUUUUCUAUUUGGAUAAAAAAAUAUAUUGGAAAAUCUUAGUAAGUAUUUUGAUUCUUUUUAUUUCCAUCAAAAAGAUUAGCAUAUCAACUGUUUUUCUAUAAUAAUAAUAAUAUCCAUAAUCUUUGAUUAUUUCAUUAUUAACUUUUGAAACAAUGCUCAUUAUUCAUCAUGCUUGUUAAAAUUAAUACUAUUUGAUUUCUAUAUAUGAAUAUAAAUAGAAUUACAGUAUUGCUAAUAAUUUCUUUAAAGUCUUAGAUCAAAAUGUAAAAAUUGAGGGUAAGAUUAGUAAAUUCAUUCUCCCUAAACAAUUUUGUUAAUUAAAUUUAUCAUUGAUUAUGUUUGAAUAGCAUUUUAUUUUAUUAAGUGCAAUACUAAUUGGACUUUAUUUAAGGUAAGUGCAAUCUGAAUGUGAAAAAAGGAAGCUGGCAAGCCAUGAUUUGUUUUUUGCUAAGAAUAAUGAUAGUGCAUUAAUUGAAAGCGACUCUGAAGAGAGAUUCAACUUCUUGGAGAAUCAAAUUUAAUCGUCAUUUUUAAUUCUUAUUUAAGAAGAUGAGAAGAUAAUAUCAACUUAGUUUGUUGAUUCUCCAAAUGAUAACUUGGAUGCAGAGAAAUGGUUAUGCUAAUUAAUUUAGACUAUUAACCAAUAUUGCAUCUCUUGCACUGUAAGCAUUUAUAUUGAUGAGGAAGGAAAUACUUAUUAAAAACAUGAAGAAGACUAUUUUAGGCUUAAGAUUGAAACAUCUCAUAGUGAAGAAUGCUAUCAAUUUUAUUUAGAGGAUAACCUAGAGUUUCUAGUAUUUUGCAGGGCCAAGAAAUUUAUCAAUAUAUACUCUGUGAAUCUACUUAAUGAAUUUAAGAUGGAAAGAAGGAGGGAUAAAUUGUUAACUUUAAUUUUACAAAGUCGAUUCUGGAUACUAUCUUAUAUCCUAUGUAUAAUGUAUUGA